AUGCUUGAUUCGGACGAUUUUUCUAAAACAUCAAAAUCCCGUCCAUUGGCGGAUGUUUUACAUAUCUUUCUAUUGUUAAUUAUUAUAAAAAUUUUGAAAACAUUUGGAAUCUUUAUAACCUACGACUUAUUGAAAUCAUAUCAUCUUGUUUUAAUUCUGUUUCUUGCAACUUUAUUUACUUCAAUUUGUUUACUACUCAUUCAAAAGCCGUUCUCUUCAUCAUUUCGACCGAAUAGAGCUCUAUUUUAUCGUAUAAUUAAAUACACAAUAUGCCUAACAAUAAUUCGUUUACUCUGGCUGUUUGGUUUAACUUUAUGUGGUCCAUUACGAACAAUCUUACUAUUUGAACACAGUGAUAUCGUUAUUCUGGCAUGCUUUCAAGUACUUUUCUCGUCAUCCAUGAGCGGUCAACAAGGACAUACGGCGCGUAUUCGUGGUGUGGUUUUCUUUGCACUGGCAGUUCUGGCAAUAUUUGCAUUCGAUAACGACGAUUUAAGACAACGAGUGGAUCAUCCUGAAGGCCAUGCGCAUCAUCGCUUCUUUGCACAUAUUUUCUAUCGUUUGACGUCAUUUGUUGGUGUUGCUGAUCAUAAAGGCGGAGUUAUUCUACUACUUUUCGCUCUGUUUGGUCGUUGUGCAAUGAAUUCCUGGUCGAAAAAAUUAGUAUUAGAUAUUGGUGGACCAAAGAAAUUCUACGCGCUGACGACAUGUUUGUCAACGGUGUGCUUGAUUCCAAUGUCAUUCAUUAUGAUGCUAAUUAACAAUUUAUUUCUUGAUCCAACUGAAUCAGCCCGUUCAAAUUUCCAAACAACAUUACCAACAACAACAGUAACAGCAUCCUUUUUUACAAAUUUGACCGCUCUGAUCAUUCCGGUGCUGAUUAUUAGUCUAUUCAUUUUUGUCUUGGAUUUCUAUGUCGAACAGAUUGCAAUAGUUAAGCUAGAUCGUAUCCGAACAUAUCGUUUUGGAACAUUAGCUAUGAUCUUCGCUAGUCUUGUCAUUUCAUUUAUUUGGGUUCAAACGGUUAGCGCUGCAAACAGCAAUGCAUGGCUUGGACGUACAAUAGAAGUCGAGGAACACGUGUUGUCCGGUGGUGUUGUAUUCGCUGUUGUUAUGUUUGCUUUUGCCACUGAUCUGCUCUCGAGUCCAAUUCGACAACGAUCGGGUGCUUUUAUUGGUUACAGUCAAGAAGGUGUACCGUUAUUUAACUUAACACAUCAGAGAUCGCAAUCACUGUUGUUGAUCCUGAAAUCGAGCCUGCGAGAUAUUCUCGCUGAAUCGGAUUCUCGACAAAUAUUUUAUUUUCUUUGCAUUAAUUUAACAUUUACAUUCGUGGAACUUCUCUAUGGGGCCUGGACGAAUUCCUUAGGUUUACUUAGUGACGGGUUUCAUAUGCUAUUCGAUUGUACAGCACUUGUGGUCGGUCUCUAUGCUGCACUAAUGGCUCGAUGGAAACCCACGCGAGUAUUCUCCUAUGGUUACGGUCGAGUAGAAGUUCUUUCUGGUUUCGUCAAUGGUCUGUUUCUUGUCGUCGUGGCAUUCUUCGUCUUCUACGAAGCCAUCGGUCGAUUGUUUGAACCACCAGAAAUCAACACCAAUCGUUUACUAAUUGUUUCAGUAGCUGGAUUCGCUGUAAACAUGAUCGGCAUCUUUUCAUUCAGUCAUGCUCACGCUCAUGCUCACGGCGGCGGUGGAAGUUGUGCUAUGAGUCACUCGGCACCGGCAAAAGAUCAACAUCAUGGUCAUUCUCAUGAUGGACACGAUCAUUCGCAUUCACAUUCACAUGGACACUCGCAUGGCGAACAUGAUCAUGGUCAUUCGCAUGGAUCCAAUGAAAAAGCCAGUCAUCAUGGACACAGUCAUUCAAUGAGAGACAAUGCUAAUAUGAAAGGAGUCUUUCUUCAUGUAUUAGCCGAUACAUUAGGCAGUGUGGGCGUAAUUAUUUCUUCGUUGUUAAUUCAAUUUUUUGGUUGGAAUAUCUCCGAUCCAAUAUGUUCAUUGUUCAUCUCUAUCAUGAUCUUUUUAUCUGUACUUCCAUUGUUGAAAGAUAGUGCAAUGACACUUCUCUUACAAACUCCAUCGCAUAUUCAAUAUGAAAUUCUCGACCGAAUAUUGAAACUUGAUCAAGUUUUAUCGUAUUCGGAUGAACAUUUUUGGAAUCUAACUUCAUCGACAGUCGUUGGUACGAUUCAUAUUCAGAUUGCCAAUGAUGGAGACGAACAGCGAAUCACAGCUCAAGUUCAAGGAAUCCUCAAAGAUGCUCAAAUUCAAAAUGUUGCUGUGCAGGUUGAGAAACAAAUCUUCUUGAAUCAUUUAAACGGACUGAAUUCUGCACUUGGUCAACUAGCGUCAUCACAAAGAACGUUUUCUCAUAGAUAA